AUGCCCAGACCGCCCUCGUCUCCGUCCCCACCGCCUGCGGCAUUCCCAUUCACCACAGGCGGCUUUGACUUCCCUCAUGCUUCGACCUCUCCGCCCAAUGUCUCCCGCACCGCGUCUACGAGCGCUGCGAGGAAUGCGCUGCGCUCCCUAGCCGAACCGACGCCAGCCGUUUACGAUGCGACGUCGUCCCCCAGAGACGCUGCCAGGCGCGUGCGCACUCGCACGUCUAACAGAAGAGGCCCACUCCACCGUCUGUUUGGUCCUCCACGUGACAACGAUGCCGCAGAUAAUCUCUCUAGGCGGCCUCCCACUGCAAACCCCAACCGACCUCGCGCUACCCCAAGCGAACGUUACCUCCGUCGCUCUCAAGCCCGCACAAGAGAACAGCGCUUAGCCGACAUGGACGCUACUAACGAUGUCCUGGAUUCGUUGAGUGGCCUGCCCAUCAACGAUCCCUUUGCCACAUUGAACACGCACACGCGGCCCCGUAGCCCUGUAGUACACAUCAACAGCGAGCGCAGACAUAAGCGGAGGAAGCUGGAACAUGACGCCAGUGCGGCCAGUGAGUACAUGUGCUUCAAAUACGGCCACAAGGGUCAGGUCGUGCCUGGGCGUCUGCGAAUGGAAAUCGUGAGCUGCGACGGCGGCGAGCAUCGUAGGGACAGUCCGCCUGGCCUGUACAAGGUUCAGAACGUGUUGAGGAACGACAAAAGUGUAUACUGCAGCGAAAGUUCGCAGUGCAAUCUUCUCCUGAAGCAUAUUGGGGAGGCCCCCUUUGCUCUAGAGAAGGUUGUCAUUCGAGCACCGGACCGUGGAUUUACGGCUCCUGUGCAGGAAGGUCUCGUUUUCGUAUCCAUGUCUGCAGACGAACUCUUAUCUGGUACCUCGGCCUACAACCUCCGCUACGAUAGCUCACCGCCAACGUCUCCUGCUCCCAGCUCUCCGAUCGAGGCCAACGAACAGAUAUCGCUGAGAGAAGCUCUCGAAGAUCCUUCGGUAUGGCAGUACUCGCGUCAGGGCACUCAAGAGGACAUGGAGGAGCGCAUCGAGAAUCUUCGUCUUCGCAGUCAAAGGCUGAACGCUGAAUCUGAGAAUUGGAUAUCGUCUUUGCGCUCUGAUUCGGAACGGCGGCGCAUCAUGCGCCAGAUGGUAGAGCAUGAAGACGAGGCGGACGGUGACAACUGUGAUCACGUACCAGACAGCACGUACAGCGGUCCCGCUGGCUUUUCCGCACCCACUCCACCACCAUUCACAGUCACUACCGCUGCCAGUGAGGAUGAAGACUCAGGCUCGAAUGAAGAGCAACCUAGUGCUGCUAUCAUGGCCGACCGCAUACGAAGGAACAACCGCUGGGAGGCCGACAGCGACGAUGACGAUGACAUUGUUCCGCGCCUCGGCCCACUGCGCCGCGCACCCGCUCUCGACUACAGCACAUACAGUGAAUGGCGAGAGCGAAGAGAGCGCUAUAUCGAGCCUAUCCGGGCCGCUCGUGUAGCUACACCUAGCCGUAUCGAACCUUCCGAGCACAACGUCGAGCCACUGAUCCCUCCGCAUGCCCGAUUUUUCAUCGAAAAGAACAAGAACAAGAUCACAAUCAAGUUUCACCCUGCAAUUUCGGGAAGGAAUGUCUUGCUCAAGCUUUGGAGCCCAAAACAUGAUGGCAAUAUCGACAUCGAGAGCGUCCAGUUUUACGGAUACUCUGGCCCUCGUUAUUUUCCGGCUGUGCAACCUCGAUAA